CCGCACUCUUCCAGGUAUGAGAGCUGCGAAGGACUACAUCGAAUUCACUCCGAAGCCGUGCGCCUCUUGACGCACACGAGAUCGAUCCGGACACUACGCGGCAGCGCGCAUCGCAGAGGUUUAAUACGGCGACGACAGGUUCUUCACGAAGAGCAUGAAGCUAGAGGUGUUGUGCGGAAGCCACUAUGACGUGAAGCGUUUCCAGAUGUCUCGUGACGCGCAGGGGGGUGCGCGCUCUCCUCUUUCCGCCGAGGAGGAGCUGGGGUCGGAUGGGGACUGCGUGACAUCCAGCCCUCCACCUGUUACACCGUGCGCCGUUACCAAGCCCAAGCCGUACGCACGGAGACCCAAACCCCCGUAUUCCUACAUCGCUCUCAUUGCCAUGGCCAUCCGGAACUCUUCCUCUGGACGUUUGACUUUGGCGGGAAUAAACGACUACCUGAUGCAGAGGUUUCCGUUCUUCCGCGGCAGCUACACCGGCUGGAGGAACUCGGUUCGGCACAACUUGUCGCUGAAUGACUGCUUCGUCAAAGUGCUGCGGGACGCGUCCAGGCCUUGGGGAAAGGACAAUUACUGGAUGCUCAAUCCUCACAGCGAAUACACGUUUGCCGACGGGGUGUUCGGGCGCAGGAGAAAACGCAUCGAUAAAAAGUCCACCGGGGAGCCAAAGGUGUCCGACGUCACCGAGGAGCCGCAGAGCGUUCGCCAGUCUGCAUCCGCCCCCAAGACGGAUUUGUGCGUCAAGUUCACUAGUUCCUUUGCGAUAGACAGCAUCCUCAGCAAGCCAUUCCAGAGGGACUCGAGCCAUCCGCAUUUACCUGUCCACCCUGCCAUCACCUGGCCGCCCUACAGUGAACUAAUGAUGCCUAUUUUAAAUACACCUGCAUCCUUUCCGUAUUUUAAGGCGGCCUGUUAUGUGGACUCAUUUUCUGCGCAUGUGUCAAACGCCCAUUUGAUUGGAUGAUUGGAGUAAUCAGUGUGCACGGGGAGAUGGACCCUCGGGGGAAUCGGACACAAAUUGGACUGUAUUGUGCCAUCAAUGGUUUUUUUUUACCUUUUGUAUGUAAUUAUCAGAUUUGGUUUUUGAUACAUAUUACUUUUGGAAAAUGUUACUGGGCUGACCAUUAAUGUUGUUAGGAAAACGUGUUAAAAGAAUUUGCACUUUGACGGUCAUUAAAUAACAAAUGAAAUUAAAAAAAAGACACUGAUGAUGUUCUGCGUUAUUUGUCAACAGAAAGGCGAGUCAUUAUUUCUGGUGACAGUCAAAUGGACAGAUUUAAUAUAUUUAGUUUGUGUUCCAAGGGCCAUGCUAAACCUCGCAUUGUCUAAAAGCCUGUAUAUCCUAGUAUGUUGUAAAUGCUUGUUACGGUUAAAAUGUCAGACUCUCCUUAAUUAUUUAAGAAGAACCCCGGGCUUAUUAUAACAAUUACAACAAUACCAAACCAUUGAGAAUACAAUAAAUAAAUACAUAUAUAAUAUACGCUACUUGUGAGUAGUACUCGUUUGAAUGAUCCACAAAUAAAUGAGCUAAGAAGUGAUUAUUUUUUAGUGAAGUUUAUCCAAUAUCCAAUAUUUAUGUUUUGUGUCUGGCGCUGCAAAUAGCUGUCGCCUCAGUCUCCCCACAUGCGCAGGAAAGAGUUUGUAAACGGUGCAUCCUGCGCGAACACAACUGGAAUCCACAAUAGGAAGAAAUGUCUUCCUAGGCCUAUUCUUCUGAGGCUAGAAAGUAAAUUUCCUUUUAGACUGUAGCUGUGUAUCCUGGACGCGGCGGGGC